AUGGAGCUCAUGAGCGAGCUGAGCGCCUGCAGCAUCCGCGUGAUCGACUUGGACGACGGCUCCGUGCGCUCCAUCUCGUGGGACCCGCAGGUGCCGGACCAGGUGUUUGAGAGCCUCGUGGAGUCGCAGCUGCGCGCGCAGUUUGGCGUGUCGGACGAAGCGUGGGUCGACCUCAUUGACACGGCCAACUCGAGCCUCGUGCACAUCACCAAGGACGUGCUGGGCGGCAUCAAAGACUCGCUGUGCCUGUGCCUGUCGCCCAAGACUGAGGCCCUUGCGCCCAUGAAGACGACGGAAGUGUUUGAAGUCGUGUUCCAAGACCGGUCGCUCGGCAUGACGAUCCGCGAGCACAACGAGAGCGUCAUUGUCAACCACUUGAAGCGCAAGCCCGACGGUAGUCUCGGCGAAGCCGAAGCCUCGGGUCUCAUCCAGUCGAACGACGUCAUUUACAAGGUCAAUGGCGCGCGCACGGUCGGGCGGAGCUACGACAACGUCGUGCAGAUGCUGCAGACGCAGACGCGGCCGCUCCGGAUCCAGUUUUUCCGCCCGUUUCGACGCGACGGCCUUUUUGCCGUGGAGUUUCGUGGCCCGAGUCUCAACAUGACGAUCACGACCGACGACGUGAACGUCAUUGUCAAGGACUUGCCCAUGGCCCAUCCGAACAUUGUCGGCUAUGCGGAAGCACAUGGGGUGCGCAUCUUUGACAUUAUCCAUGCCGUGGAUGGAGAAGUGAUCAAUGGACUCGAGUACAACCGCGCAAUCAGUUUGCUGAGUCGCGGAACGCGUCCCAUGGUCGUGGUGUUUGCACGCUCGAAAGUCAUGCCGCCCACGCCGGGACGAUCGACGGGCGUCAUGAGCAACCGCUUUUCGUUUGCAUCUACGGUCGCGCCGUCGCCGCGUCCUAGUAGCAUGGACAGUUUCGGCGCACGGCGUGGAUCAGGCUGCUCGGCGUUGAGUGGAAUGGACGGUGAGAAUAUGUUGGUGGAAGAAAUGCUCGAGGUGUGUGAAGGAUUGGGCACCGACGGCAUGCUGAACGCAAAGGAGGUGGAGAUGCUCAAGGAUAUGGUGCUCACCAUGCGACCAGACGUGUGCACUGCGGUGAAGCAAAAGAACAACAACGCGAUUGUGGCGAUUGUGCGGUCGCCAUUCAUGCGGCUCUGGGAUAGUCUGCUGAAGACACGAGAGAGCAUUUUGCUGGCUGGACCCGUGUCGCUCAAGCGCAAAAAACGCUUCCACCUGCUGCUCACGGACCAUGAACGACUUCUCUUUGUCAAUAAAGACACUAACUUAUUAGAAGACGAGAUCAUGUGCUCUCAUAUUGUCACCGUGAGCUCGCGCUCGAAGCACCAAGAGCUCACGAUCUCCACGAGCAAGACGGACUACGUGCUCAUCGACAACUUCAUUGGGCCCAUCAUCUGGGUGCGCGCUAUUCUGCCGUUCACGUGCACGCAGGGCAUUCUCAAAGUGGCUAGCAGCAGGCGCUUCCUCGGCUCCAAGAAGCGGUAUUUCGUGCUGCGCGGCAAUCACCUCACGGGCUACAAGAAAGAGAGCAUGAUCCACCAGGUGGGUGCGAAGAGCAGCACAAUUUCGCUCGCUGACGCCAAAAUCGACAUCACGGACCCGCGCAGCCUCACAUUCAUCAUCGCCACACCUGAGUUCAGCCAAGCUGGCAAGAAGCUCAUUCUAACCGCGACAUCGACACGGGAAUUCAACAAAUGGGCGACGGCACUCCGAUCGUUGCAGCCGUUGUCUCCUAGCACCGCCACUUCCGCCUAA